GGGCCGCCUGGGCACGGCACGGCUCGGCACGGCUCGGCACGGCUCGGCUCGGGGCGGCCCCACGCGGGACGAGGGCCCCACAAUGAGUGGGAGGCUCUUACUCCUCUCCCUGCUCCUGGCCCCCCAGGCUGCUGCUGCACAGAAGAGGAGCCAAGCGGUGUGCGAGAACGUGCUGGAGGCCGACAUCGUCUUCCUGGUGGACGGCUCGUCCAGCAUUGGCCGGAACAACUUCCGUGCCAUCCGCACCUUCGUGGAGGACCUGGUGUCACCCUUUGUGCAUGUGGUGGGCCAGAAGGCGGUGCGCUUCGCCGUGGUGCAGUACAGCGACGAUCCACGGGUGGAGUUUGGCUUCUCCCAGCACACCAAUGGCACAGGCAUCCAGAGGGCCAUCCAGCAGCUGAGCUACAAGGGCGGCAACACACGGACCGGCGCUGGGCUGCGCUACGUCUCUGACAACUUCUUUGGUCCCACACAGCUCCGGCCUGGGGUCCCAAAGAUCUGCAUCCUCAUCACGGAUGGCAAGUCCCAGGAUGAUGCUGAGCAGCCGGCGCUGAGGCUGAAGAGCCUGGGCAUCAAGGUCUUUGCUGUUGGGAUCAAGAAUGCCGACCGCCAGGAGCUGAUCCGUGUGGCCUCACUGCCUACUGACUCCUUCUUCUUCUAUGUGGGUGACUUCAAGCUGCUGGGGACACUGGUGCCACUGAUGACACGCAGGGUGUGCACAAGCUCAGGGGGCACGCUACGCACCCCUGAUGGAUCAGGCCACGCUGGUCCCUCCAACCUGGAGGUCCUGGAGCACGGCCCCGAUGUGCUGCGCAUCCGUUGGAGCCCGGCCAGCGGCCCCGUCACCGGCUAUAGGGUGCAGCGUGUCCCACUGACGGGGCUGGGGCAGCCGCUGGCAGCUGAGCGGCAGGAGGUGAGCGUGGGUCCGCGGGAGACAAGCACCGUGCUGCGGGGGCUGCGCGCAGGGACGGAGUACCUGGUGACUGUCAUCGCUCAGUAUGCCAACAGCGUCAGCGAGUCGGUGUCUGUGCGGGCGCGCACCCAGAGCCGUGGCGGCGUGCAGCAUUUCCACGUGGCUGAGGCUGGGCCGACCUUCCUGAGGCUGUCCUGGCAGCCCGGCCCCGAGCCGCCCCAGGGCUACAUCCUCAGCUACGCCGUGCCAGGAAUGCCCCAGAGUGAAGAGAGGAGCCUGGGGGCUGGCGCACUGUCGGCCACGCUCAGCAACCUGCGUCCCAACACCGAGUACGUGGUGACGCUGCGGGCACGCUAUGCUCAGCAGCCUGCAGCCACCGCCAGCCUCACCGCGCGGACACAGGCAGGCACAGAGCAGACGCUGCGGACCAACAUCCUGAGCCCCACGUCCAUUCAAGUGCUCUGGACUGCCAUCCGUGAGGCCCGUGGCUACCGCCUGGAGUGGAAAAGAGCCACAGGGCUGGAGACCCCCAGGACAGUGUCGCUGCCCAGCAGUGCCAGCACCUACCAGCUGACAGGGCUGCAGCCAGGCACUGAGUACCGCAUCACUCUGUACACGCUGUAUGAAGGUGGGGAGGUGGCCACCCCCGUCACCACCUUCCAGACAGGUGUGGAGGUACCAGUGGGCGCGGUGUCAGAUCUCCGUCUCAUCGAGGAUUUGGGCAGGAGGGUGCGGCUGGGCUGGACCGGCGUCCCCGGUGCCACCGAGUACAAAGUGACAGUGCGCAACACCCAGGACGGCACCGAGAGGACAAGGCGCAUCCCAGGCACGCAGACAGCGCUGGAGCUGGGUGACCUGCGGGAAGGUGUCACCUACCUGGUGCGCGUCUCAGCCCUCGUGGGCAGCCGGGAGGGCAGUGCUGCUGCACUCAGCAUCCACGUCAAGUUCCCAGCUGUGGGCAGUGUCUCAGAGCUGCGGGUGACGGAGGCCGGCCCCAACCAGCUGCGGGUCACGUGGAGGGGGCUGUCAGGCGCCGGGGGGUACCGGCUGACGUGGAGGGCCGGCGAUGGUCAGGAGCAGUCCCGCUUCCUCCCUGCCAACCCCACUGUCUACACCAUUGAGGGGCUGCGAGCUGGCACCGUUUAUGCCAUCGGUGUCACAGCCAUCAUUGAUGGCCGCGAGGGUCCCCCUGUCACCACCAUGGGGAGGACAGCAGCUGAGCAGGUGGGGACAGUAUCCCGGCUGGAGGUGCAGUCAUCCAGGAGCAAUGUUGCCCGUGUUACAUGGGUCGGUGUGCCAGGAGCCACAGCGUACCGUGUGGUGUGGAGCCGUCGGGAUGGGGGCUCGGAGAAGAGCCAGCAUGUUCCCGGCCACAUCAGCUCCUUUGACAUCCCCGACCUGGAGGGAGGUGUCUCCUACACUGUGAAGGUCACAGCGCUCAUAGGCAACCAUGAGGGCAACCCUGUGUCCAUCAUCGUUACCACCCCGGAGGCGGCUCCCGUGCCCCCUGUUAGCAACUUGCAGGUGAUGGAGGCCUCGGAGAAUCGCCUGCGCCUUGCAUGGGUGCCGGUGUCUGGCAGCAGCGGGUACCGCCUGGUCUGGCGCCCAGCUGAGGGUGGUCCCCAGCGCAGCCAGCAGCUUCCAGCCACCGCCAGCUCCUAUGAUCUGGGAGGGCUGGAACCGGGCCGGCGCUACCACAUCAGCAUCACCAGCAUGGUGGGCAGCCGGGAGAGCACACCAGUUGCCGUCACCACUGCCACCGCAGCGUCUCCAAGCCAUGCCACCAGCCUGCGAGUGACGGAGGUGCAGAGAGACUCUGUGACGCUCUCCUGGACCCCUGUCCCUGGUGCUUCUGAAUACGUCCUGUCCUGGACCCCCCCUGCAGCGGGCGGCGAGGCACGGCGCGUGGUGCCGGGCACUGCCAGCUCCCUACAGAUCCCUGGGCUGCGCCUGGGCCAGCACUACACCUUCACCAUCCGCCCGCUUCUGGGGAGCACACCUGGUGCUGAGAGCUCCGUCAGUGAGCGGCCAGUCUGCAGGGACGCCCGAGGGGACAUCAUCUUCCUGGUGCAUGGCACACGUGACAGCUCUUCUGGUGCUGACGCUGUCCGCACGCUCCUCUCUAACACUGUCACUUCCAUGGGCCGCCUGGGCCCCGAUGGCACCCAGGUGGGUCUGGCCACGUACAGUUACCGCAGCCUGCCCUGGCUGCUCCUCAACCGCUCCAGCGAGCUGCCCGCCGUGCUGGAGCAAAUCCGCACCAUGCGCUACGAGGAGCCCAGCGGCAAUGCCAUUGGGGCAGCCAUCACCUUUGCUAGGACCUAUCUGCUGAGCCCUGGCGCAGGACGGCGGCCCAGUGUGCCAGCGGUGCUGGUGGUGCUGGCCGAUGGCCCCUCUGGGGAUGAUGCCAUCACUGCUGCCAGGGAUGCCAAGGCAGCGGGGGUCCGAGUGCUGGCUGUGGGCUUGGAGGGGGCAGACCAGGAGCAGCUCCGGCGCAUGGUCAGUGGUGAGGAUCCACGCUUCGUCUUCCGCAACCGUGGUGCCCUGUCAGAGCUGGAGGGAGAGCUCACCGAUGACCUCUGUACCAUCAUCUCCACCAGGCCAGAGCCAGAGCCAAAGCCCUGCACUGUGCAGUGCCCCAGGGGAGAGAAGGGAGACCCUGGCGUGGCAGGGCCACAGGGGCGUGUGGGGCAGCCGGGCCCCCCUGGAGAACCGGGCCGCCAUGGACUGCCUGGCCCUCCAGGACCUGUGGGACCACGAGGGCCACCAGGAGAGAGCGUUGAGCAGCUGGGCAAGAAGGGGGAUAGGGGCUCCCCUGGAGCUGAUGGGCGGCCAGGGCUUCCUGGCCCCCCCGGGAACCCUGGGACCCCUGGCCAGCCGGGCAACCAGGGCAUUCCUGGCCCCCGAGGGGACCCUGGGCCACGAGGAACAGCGGGGCAUCCUGGCCCGAAGGGGGAAAAAGGCGAGCCGGGAGAGCCCAGAGUGAUCGUGGAUGGAGGACAGGGGUUGCCAGGACGGAAAGGGGAGCCAGGCACACCGGGUAGCACCGGCCCCCCCGGCAACCCUGGCCCACGAGGUCCCUUUGGUGACCCAGGUCCUCCGGGUCCCCUUGGGCCAAUGGGGCUACCAGGACCUCCAGGAGACUCUGUGAAGGGGGAGAAGGGUGAUCGAGGGGAGAGGGGUCCCCCUGGACUGGUCGAUGGGGCAGUGCCUCGAGGGGAGCCGGGCCCCCCGGGUCCACCAGGGGAGCCUGGCCCACGGGGACUUGCUGGUACUCCCGGCCCCAAGGGUGAGAAGGGUGACGGUGAGGAGGGAUUCCCAGGGCCACCUGGACGUCCAGGGGACCCUGGAGACCGGGGUCCACGGGGACCUCCAGGAGAACAAGGCAGGAAGGGAGAGCGUGGGGCACCAGGCGAGCUGGGGGAGACGGGCCAGAAGGGAGACCGCGGUGCGCCUGGCCCCGAGGGUGAAAAGGGUGAGACAGGAGCUCCAGGACGGCCAGGGCCAUCGGGCAGAGAGGGAGUACCGGGACCAGCUGGGCCACGGGGCGAGAAGGGUGAUGUGGGAGCGCCUGGUGAACCUGGCCAGCCGGCUCCCAGCAUGGCCAGUGUCAGAGGAGAGAAGGGUGACAGAGGAUUUCCAGGACCAGAGGGGCCUCCUGGCCCCAAGGGUGAUGUAGGGGAGAGGGGUGCCCGUGGUGUCCCUGGCCUGAGCAUCCCAGGACCAACUGGCCCCAAAGGCGAGCAGGGCGAGCGGGGCAUCACUGGCCUCACUGGCAGGAGUGGUCCAAAGGGUGACGCAGGGGAGCCAGGCGAGAAGGGUGAGCCAGGCAGAGUGGGUGCACCAGGACAACCAGGGCAGCGUGGCAAGGAGGGUGAGCGUGGAGAGAAGGGUGAUGAAGGCAGCCCGGGUGAAGCAGGGGUGCCUGGCAAACCUGGAGACAGGGGUCCACGGGGGCUGCCUGGGUACCGUGGCCCCCCUGGAGAGAAGGGCGACCUCGGAGACCCAGGUCCUGAAGGCAGAAACGGCAUUCCCGGAGCACCUGGCACCAAGGGUGACCGCGGGGAGCCGGGUCCUCCUGGACCCCCAGGACGAGCUGUGGAUGUGGGGCUUGGAGGAGUAGGAGAGAAGGGUGAGAAGGGAGAUGCUGGGGACCCAGGCGAGGAUGGAGCGAAGGGGGCCAAGGGUGAGAGUGGCCCCCCCGGACUGCCGGGGUUGAGUGGCAUUGAAGGCCCCCGCGGCCCCCCCGGCGCACGGGGUGACCCUGGGGACCGAGGCUUGCCUGGAGAGAAGGGGGAGCGUGGCCCACCAGGGCUGGAUGGCCGCAACGGACUGGAGGGGAAACCUGGCCCUCCGGGACCCACUGGGCUGAGGGGGGACCCUGGGAAGCAGGGGGACCCUGGCCGAGAUGGGCUGCCUGGGCUGAGGGGGGAGCAGGGACCGCCUGGCACAAUAGGACCGUUGGGACCACCUGGUAUCCCUGGAAAACCCGGUGACGAUGGCAAACCUGGCCUAAAUGGCAAGAAUGGAGAAGAUGGGACGCCAGGAGAAGAUGGGAGAAAGGGAGACAAAGGUGAUGCCGGAGCCCCUGGCAGAGAUGGCCACAACGGUGCCAAGGGCGAGCAGGGGGACAGAGGCAUGCCUGGCCUCCCUGGCCCCCCUGGUGUCCCUGGUGUCCCAGGGCAGGUUGGCCCCCCAGGCCAGGGCUCACCCGGCCUUCGUGGGAUCACUGGACCAAAGGGGGACCCAGGGGAGCCAGGACCACGAGGGGAGCCAGGGCGGCCUGGUGUCAGUGGAGACCCUGGGACUGCAGUGAACAUCGAACGUAGCCUGGAAGCCCUCGGCAUCAAGAUCUCAUCUCUGAAGGAGCUGACGGGUGCCUAUGAUGGCAGCUCGGACUCCUUUCUGCCCGUGUCUGAACGGCUGCGGGGGCAGAAGGGCAGCCGGGGGGAGCCAGGGGAGAGGGGACCCCCAGGCCGGGAGGGUUCUUUAGGCUUCCCUGGUGAGCGAGGACCCAAAGGUGACAAAGGGGACCAAGGUGCCCCUGGUCCUCAGGGCCCCGCAGGCCGGGCUGUGGGCGAGCGGGGCCCAGAGGGGCCACCGGGGCAGCCAGGGGAGCCAGGCAAGCCGGGCAUCCCAGGGGUGCCAGGCCGGGCUGGCGAGCUGGGGGAGGCCGGGCGACCUGGUGAGAAGGGUGACCGGGGUGAGAAGGGCGACCGGGGUGAGCAGGGCAGAGAUGGCUUGCCAGGCCUCCCAGGGCCCCCAGGGCCCAAGGCAGACGCAAUGGAGGGCAGCCUGAUGGGCUUCCCAGGCGAGCGAGGUCCCCCUGGACUUAAGGGAGUGAAGGGUGAGCCUGGUGCCGAGGGCGAGCGAGGACCCAAAGGAGAUAAGGGUGAAGGUGGAUCACGGGGCGAGCGAGGAGAGCCUGGCGAGAAGGGCAGGGAUGGCUCUCCAGGCCUCCCAGGAGAGAGGGGUCUGGCUGGCCCUGAGGGGAAGCCGGGCCCGCAGGGCUUUAGAGGGCCCCCUGGUCCCUCAGGCAAUCAGGGUGAGCCAGGGCCACCAGGACCUCCGGGUGCUGCUGGCCCACCAGGGAGCCAGGGUCCAUCUGGGAUGAAGGGUGAUCCAGGGGAACCUGGUGCUGGUAUCCGGGGAUUGCCUGGUCCGCAGGGCAGCAUGGGGCUGCCUGGUCCUCCAGGACCACCUGGUCUGGUGGGCCCUCCGGGUGCUCCUGGGCUGCCAGGACAAGUGGGGGAGAGUGGCAAGCCAGGUGUGCCUGGGCGGGAUGGUGUGCCAGGGAAGGACGGUGAACCAGGGAUGCCUGGGAAGUUGGGUGUGCCAGGACCGUCAGGCCCUACUGGCCCCAAAGGGGAGCCAGGGGAUGCGGGAGCGCCGGGGCAGGGCAUUGCUGGCCCUCCUGGUGCCAAGGGCGAGAAGGGUGAUCCGGCGCUGCUGGAGGGCGUGCUGCUGGGUGAACCUGGUUCCAAAGGUGCCCGAGGUUUGCCUGGCCCCAAGGGUGAGAAGGGGGAGCCUGGAGGAGCUGGGGAGCCUGGAGAUCCCGGCGAAGAUGGAGCCAAGGGAUCACCUGGAGUCAAGGGGGAAAAGGGCACUCCAGGUGUCGGUGUGCGGGGACCACCAGGACAGGAUGGGCCUCCAGGUUUGAAGGGUGACAUCGGUUUGCCAGGACCUCCUGGACCACCGGGAUUAGUGGGCAUCGCUGGGGCACCGGGACAGCCAGGCCUGAGAGGGGACAGCGGGCAGCCUGGCCCACCAGGAGCCCCUGGAGAACGGGGUGCAAUUGGCUUCCCUGGGAGGGAUGGUGCCGCAGGGCCACCUGGACCCCAAGGGCCCCCAGGGCCAGCGGGCAUGCAAGGGGCCUCGGGGCUGAAGGGUGACAAGGGUGACCCAGGGGCUGGGCUGCCGGGAGCCAGAGGUGAACGUGGAGACCCAGGACCACGGGGUGAAGAUGGGCGCCCAGGGCUGGCAGGCGACCGUGGGCCAAUGGGCUUGCCUGGGAACCGAGGGGAGCGUGGGGACAAGGGAGACGUCGGGGCCGUGGGGCCCAAAGGAGACAAGGGCGAUACCAUUGUGGUGGAGGGGCCUGCUGGGGCGAGAGGCAACAAGGGGGAGCCGGGAGACCGUGGCCUAAAGGGCUCCGAAGGGGACAAAGGGGACAAGGGGGAGCAGGGAAUGCCCGGCGAGAAGGGUGCAAGGGGUGAACCAGGUGAGAAGGGCUCUGCAGGCUUUCCUGGGGCACGCGGCCCUGGAGGGCAGAAGGUAAGUAGCUGGGCACCCUGCACCACAGUGGGGUCCUCUCGCUGCCCACUAGCCCUCACCCACAUCUUUGCCUUUGCCUUUACCAGGGAGAAGUUGGCGUGCGGGGAGCCUGGUGAGCCGGGCUUGCCUGGUCGGGAUGGCAUUGCUGGAGCACGAGGAGAGAAGGGGGACAUGGGGCCACUGGGCUUGCGUGGCCCCAAGGGUGAGCGGGGCAUGAAAGGCGCCUGUGGCCUCGAUGGGGACAAGGGUGAGAAGGGAGAGCCGGGGCUGCCGGGGCGCUCGGGGCUGCCAGGAAGGAAGGGUGAGCCGGGAGAACUGGGGUUGUCUGGAGCACCCGGCAUCCCUGGGAAGGAGGGGCUCAUGGGACCCAAGGGUGACCGUGGCUUCGAUGGGCAGCAGGGAGCCAAAGGAGACCAGGGGGAGAAAGGAGAUCGGGGUGCACCAGGCAUGAUCGGUAUCCCUGGUCCCCGGGGCAGUGAUGGUGCUCCCGGCCCUCCUGGCCCCCCAGGCAGCGUUGGGCCACGAGGUCCUGAGGGCAUGCAGGGCCAGAAGGGGGAAAGAGGCCCCCCUGGGCAGGCAGUGAUGGGGGCCCGCGGUGUGCCUGGUAUCCCUGGUGAGCGAGGAGAGCAGGGCAGUCCUGGUGCUGAGGGACUCCGUGGGGAGAAGGGGGAUCCGGGCAUGACGGAGGAAGAGAUCCGCGCCUUCGUCAGGCAGGAGAUGAGCCAGCACUGUGCAUGUGGAGGGCAGCUCCCGCGGCGCUUGGAUUCCCGUGAGCACUCAGAAGGAUGGGGGACUCGGCCCAGGAGCAUCCUUCAGUCUGCCCAUGGAGGAGGGAGAAGUGUCCGCCAAGAGAAGGAGCACAGCCAAACAGAUCACUCCCCCCAUUACCCACCCACUGAGGCAUUCCCAGAUCUCAGUGCUCAUGUUGUCCCCGUGCUUAAAGUGUCGCAUGCAGAGGAGGAGGAGGGGCAGGACAGGCGUGUUGUCGUUGACACCAAUGACCUGGAGUACGACAGCAUGUAUGGGGAGCAGGAGGACUACGACACAGCUCUGGAUGCAGGCAGCUUGGAGCAGCUCGCAGAGGAUGCCGAGCCCUGCCACCAGCCCAUGGAGGAGGGGGGCUGCCAGCGGUACACACUGCGCUGGUACUACAACCAAAGAGCCGCCGAGUGCCGGCCCUUCGUCUACAGCGGCUGCCAGGGCAAUCUCAACCGCUUCGGCAGCCAGGAGGAGUGUGAGCUCCACUGCAGGCAGCGCGUGGGGACAGGUGCUGGCAGCGGGGAAGGACGGCGGCCGGAGGCGUAGCGUGGUGAUCCCUGCAGGAACAUGGUGCUAUUUCUGACGUCUCUUCUUGUUGCUCAUGGGUUUUUCCCUUUACAUUGGUUCUAUUUGCCCGUUGAAGGUGAAAUUUCUAUCAAAUGGGAACACAGCCUCCCCAUAAGCCUUUUAUCUGGUUUCCAAACCAGAGCUCUCUUGGGAUGUUGGUUUGAUUUUUAACUUAUUUGCUGUCAAUGGGACAGCUCUUGGCCCCAUGUUCCUUUUUUGGCUGCCCAGAGCUGGGAGUGGGCACAGUUUGAGCCCUUCCCCAAACCUAACACUUCAAAUCCCCAAGGCUGUGGGCUGCCCUCAUCACCCUCAUGGGCUCCCAGCAUGCAACCACACAACCUGCUCCAUUUGAAUGAAUUUCACCUUCACCCCACCUGGGCCCCAAUUCCCCUUUUGGGGUGCGAUGGUUUGGCAGAGAACUGCAGGAGGGAAGGAGGCUUUCUCCAUGUACUGCCCUCCGGCUCGCACCUCUGCCUGGAAACUGGGACACACCAGGGAGACCCUGAGGAUGGUGCUAUGUUAGAGGCGAUUCCUGCUCAUCAGGAAGGUGACGCUGGCUCCUGCACAGCCUAGACGCACUGCUGCUCUGUGUAUAUCUGUAUACAGCAAAUGUA